ACAAAAGGUAUAGGAAGAGAGAAGAAAACAAAUAAAAGAAAAAGGAAAUAGAGGAAGAGAAAGAGAGGGGAAAACGCGGUUGGGUUGUCCUUGUUCGCAAUCAAUAGAAUCUUUCCAUUCCAUUGAUUACCAUCUUCUUUUUACCUCUCUUUCUCUCUCUCUCUCUCACUUUCAUUUCAUUCCUUCUUUCCUCUCUUACUAAUACAAUUAAAAAAAAAAAACACAAAAACACAGCUUUUGUGGUGAUGUGUUGUGAGGUGGGCUAAGAAUCUAAGGUAGUAGUGGUGGUGGUGGUGGUGGGGAAAGAAGAGAGAAGAAAAAAAAUGGAGGAAACUAUGGCAGCAAGGUAUUGGUGUCACAUGUGUUCACAAAUGGUGAAUCCUGUUAUGGAAGCUGAUAUCAAAUGUCCCUUUUGCCAAAGUGGUUUUAUUGAAGAAAUGAAUAGCACUGCUGGGGAUAACCAAGACCCUGAAACCGAAUUUGGAUCUGACCGUGCCCUCUCUUUAUGGGCCCCCAUCUUGCUCGGCAUGAUGGGCAAUCCUCGCCGCCGGCGGACUAGGCGUCUUGAUUUCGAGGAGGAGGAGGAGGAGGAGUAUGAGGAGGAUAACAAUGAUGAUAAUGGCGAGUCACGCCAUGGGGGUGAGGCUGAUAUGGAGCGUCAAUUUGAAUCCAUUCUUAGGAGGAGGAGAAGAAGCUCAGCAACUAUACUACAAUUGCUCCAAGGCAUUCGAGCUGGAAUGCAAUCUGAAAUGUCUGAGAAUUCGGAGGGUGAUAGGGAUAAUAGGGAUAGGGAUAGAGAGAGGGAAAGAGAAAGAGAACGCGUAAUUUUGAUCAACCCUUUUAAUCAAACUGUGAUUGUUCAAGGGUCUUUUGAUUCAAACCGGGGUCAAGGUGAGAAUCAGAGCCCCAUUGGGUCACUAGGUGAUUACUUCAUUGGUCCUGGUUUAGAUUUAUUGCUGCAGCAUUUGGCUGAGAAUGACCCCAAUAGAUAUGGGACACCACCGGCACAAAAGGAGGCCAUUGAAGCAUUGCCUACUGUGACAAUUAAGGAUAAUUUGCAGUGUUCAGUGUGUUUAGAUGAUUUUGAGAUGGCUGCUGAAGCAAAGCAGAUGCCUUGUAAGCAUAAAUUUCAUAGUGGGUGUAUUCUGCCUUGGCUUGAGCUUCAUAGUUCUUGUCCAGUAUGUAGGUUCCAGCUGCCUGCUGAUGAGACAAAGCGUGAUUCAGAUGAUGGGUCUAGAAACAGUACUAAUACCCCAAGAGCGAGUAGUGAGAGCGGUCAAGUUAGUGGCGAAGAAGGAGAAGGAGAUGGAGAUGGAGAUGGGAGAAGUGGAAAUACAAGAAGGUUUUCGUUUUGGCCAUUUGGUAAUUUGUUUUCAUCUUCAGGACCUCAAUCUGGUGGAGGUAAUUCUUCCUCAACACCGUCAUCUUCGUCGGCUAAUGCAACUGGAAGUGGGAAUGCAUCUCAAACAGAUGAGAAUUGAAUAUAUUUUCCUCAGUCAUUAUAUGAGUUUAAUGUUCAAUAUAUUGCCAGAAUGUUCAAAACAGCCCUUAUGUAUAUAGUAUCUUACUGCAUCCGAAUCUUGCAAGAACGAUUUGUGUUUUCAAUCUUGUAAAUCACUUGCUACCCUCUUAAAAGAAUCUCUGUUCUUCUUAAUUUGCCUACUGUUAUAUUGUAUAAAUUUAUUUUUCAUUCA